AUGGACACGUACAUUGACAGCCGCUUCGAGCGCCUGGAAAAGGCCCUGGCGACGCUCAUCGACUCCGUCACGAAAUACCACCCCUCGCCGAUCCAAGCAGAAGAGCUCAAGAACGCCGACAAUGAACUCUGCAAAGGCCUGGAGCAAGUCGAGAUCCAUCAGAAGAACCACCUCAAGAUCCAGCAGCUCCGCCAAAUGUCCAACGCCCUCGACGCCCAGAUCCGCGAAACCCUCACCUCCCUCGCGACGACGCGCAAGGACCUCGUCACCACCCAGGUCACCACCUACCCGUCCGAACCAAACUACCCAUUCCUCUACGAGGAGCUCCUCGGCUUCGCCCGCCGCAUCAGCAAGACGUCCAUGCCGCCCGCCGCCAUCCUCAACGCCAUGGCCGGGGCCCCCGCGAACCAAGAGAGCCAGACGCCGGUUCCCGAUGCCGGGCCCCAGGCCUCCCAGGCGGCCAUGACGCCGUCCGCGCAGACUCCGAGUAAUCCCAUGCAGAGUCCCGCUCCUACCAAUGGCGUCGCCGAGCAGCAGCAGACGCAGGCCUCGGCGCAUACAAGUCUUCCAGACAACAUGAACCAGUUCCUCAACCCUUUAUCAGGACAGCUCUUCUUUCCCUGGCCGCUCGAAGACAAGAUCCGUUCCGGAGCCCUCGCAUCCAACCAGAUCCUCCUCGAACAAGGUAUCGACCCCCGCGGCUACAACCCCGUCGCCGAAGAGGAGCGCAAGCGCAGAGAAGAAGAAGAGCGCAAGGAGAGAGAGGAAAGGGAGAAGCAAGAGCGCGCCGAGCGCGAGCGGGAAGCAGAGCGCCAGCGACAGGAGCGGCAGCGGGCGAUGGAGAAGCAGCAGGCGGAGUGGCGCAGGGCGAGCACCGCGGCUGGUGUUUCCGGGGACGCGGGCGUCAGCGGGCCGCCCAGCGCAAAGGCGGAGAAGAAGCAGUUUCAGUUUACGAAUCUGGAUGAUUUGGACGACGAUGAUGAUGAGGACUAG